AUGUAUCUCACUCUUUUUUCAAUUAUUUCAUGGUUUUCAGUUGCUUGGUCACUUUCCAUUUCCUUUCCACCGGAUGGGAAGCCUACCGCUGCUCUCGAUACGCAAAUGGUAAAAUGGCAACGUGACGAGAACGAUCCAAACUCGCAAUUCGUCUUGCGAAAGAUCAAGCUAGAUUGCUCUCAAGGGCCCACUGUUGAGUCCACCCCAGUACCCAUCAUGAACUCGCAGAACAACCAAGGAAUGUCCCAAAUGGUAUUCAACAAAGCGGGGUUAUUCGAGAUUAUUGCAGUUGAUGAAAAGAACAAGCAGAACUUUUUCAAAACUGAAAUCACAGUGCUCCCCAAUCCAACUUUAAUCGCGACUUCAUCCCAGAGCUCCACUACGACUAACACUGUAUCUGGGUCAAAGUACGUUUAUCUACGACCUAUAUCUUCUUUCCGUUUUAAGGGGACGAAUAGGGAUAUGAUGUACAACCCUUUGUCCUCGAAGGCAUCGCUUGUCACAGUCACUAUCACAUCUUCAACAUCAAGCGCAACAGCUCCAGAUGAUUCCACAAAAAUGACCACCCCUGCUAAGUCGAACGUAGAACCGACCAAUGGCACUGAUACUGCUGCUAUUAUUGGCAGCAUUGUAGGUUCCGUGGUACUUGUUUUUCUCAUUGGUGUCAUCCUUCUAUUUCUUCGUUAUCGCACGCGUCGCCGGACGAUAGAAUUUUCUCAAACGAAGAUGGUUCGUGACUAUGUCCCAGACAUGGUGGAAGGUAGUACAUGGCGUAUCAGCGAUAGCGAAAGGGACUUGAUUGAUUACUCUUCCGAGUCUGCUUCUUUUCCUCCAGCUCGCAGAAACACGUUAAGGCCCCAAGAUUCAGUCUCGAACAUCCAUGAACGUUAUGUCCCUCAGAUUCUUCCACCAAUUCCUGCCGCACGACCUGUUUCCAGCAGCGAACCUGACUCGGCGACGAGUACGAGCUCAAUUCGUCGAGCCCGAGACACAGAGAGAAAGACACCGAGUAUUUCCCUUAGUAACUUAUCCUCUUCUAAUGGAAGUACUGGUACCGGGUCCCUCUUCCCCAUUCCUGUACUUCCACCUCGUCCGCGAACUGAUAGACAAAUGUCCAUUGAGGAGGAUAUUCAACAGCUUCAGGCAAGGAUGUUAUUCCUUCAGGGAAAUGGGAAUACCUCUCCAAUUGGAUUGGAGAAAGAAGAGGAGCUGAAGAAAAUUUAUAGGAAGGUGGAAACGUUGAAGAAACUCCAUGAGUCAAAGUGGGCGUUGGGCUUGACAAAUGAAAUGUCGCUCUAA